AUGGCAUCCACCCCGCGCCAAACCCUGGCCACCCACGGCCAGGCUAGCCUGUUCCCCUUUCCAGACGUCGCCGCCCUGGCCCCUGCACUGCGCGCGUACGUGAUUCACUGCCAGAACGCCGGCAUACAGCGCCACGGGUCCUUCAAGGUGGCCGUGUCGGGCGGCUCGCUGCCCAAGACCCUCGCCGCCGCCCUGCUGGCGCCCGCCGCGUCCGCUGCCGACGACGUCAAGUGGGACAAGUGGGAAAUCUUCUUCGCCGACGAACGCGUCGUGCCCCUCGACCACGAGGACUCCAACUACGCCCUCCUCAAGGCCGAGCUGCUCGAUAAGAUGCCCGCCUCGGGCCCCCGCCCCACCGUCUACCCCAUCAACGCCGACAAGCUGAACGAGGAGACCCUCGAGGUUGCUGACGAUUACGAGCAAGUCCUGGUUAGCUCCUUUGCCUCGCGCGACUCCGUGCGCCUGCCUAUUUUUGACCUGCUCCUGCUCGGCUGCGGGCCCGAUGGCCACACCUGCUCCCUCUUCCCCGGCCACGAGCUCCUGCGCGAGUCUAGCGCCUGGGUCGCCCCUAUCGACGACAGCCCCAAGCCCCCACCCCGCCGUAUCACUCUGACCCUCCCAGUCGUCACCCACGCCGUCCGCAUCGCCUUCGUCGCCACCGGCGCCGGCAAGAAGGACAUCAUGAAGCAGAUCUUCGAGGACGGCGCCACCUCUGGUCUCCCUUGUGCCCUCGUCAACGAGCAGACCGGCGACCGCUGUAGCUGGUUCGUCGACGAGCCCGCCGUCCAGGGUGUUGGUUAUCCCAAGCGCGGCUUCAACCUGUAG